AUGGAUCCAGUUGCAUAUCUUUCGCAGGUGCGCUUCCACCAAUCGAUUCAAUGUAGACGAACGCAAUCUCGCGUCACAUUCGCGCUUGGCGGCAAUGGCUGGGACGCAGCCGUGACGAGCAAGUACGGCUCGAUCAACACAGCAGCCUCCAGCACCGAAGGAUAUCAUCACCAAGGUCCGCUGUUGCUGUACCUGCUUCCCUCUGGCUGCAGUCGCCUUCUAGGCAUGAUUCUUGAAGGCAUCUGUCGAGAAUCCAACGUCUCGAUCCUCGCCAUCGAUCGACCUGGCAGUGGCGGCACACCAAUGUGCCCAUUGGAGGAGCGAAUCCAGAUCGCAACCCAGCAGACCCUCAGCGUGCUCGAAGCACUUCAACUCGAUCGACCCGGCAUGCCGCAGCUGAGGCUCCUAAGUCAUUCUGCCGGCUGGUUCUACGCUCUCGCAUUGCUCCAGACAGCACCGCAAUACUUUGCCAGACUAGACUCACCGCCCAAGAUCGUCUUGUCUUCGCCGUUCGUACCAACAAGCCAGUCAUCGAGCACGAUGCUGUCACUGCUGCCAAAGGGUCUUGUUGCGCUCACGCCCAAGGUGAUGCCCGUGCUUGGUCGCAGUAUCAACUGGUCGACGGGCAUGGUCGAUGACAUUGCGAGUGUCGGCAAAGGCUGGGUCGCAUGGUCCAGCGCCGACGUUGAUCCAGCCCAGUCGCAGGAGCGAAAGCAAGCAGAUCGCGAGAAGCUCGACCAGAAGAAUCGCGAGGUGCAAGCGCGAAGCAAGCAGAAGCAUCCCCAUGCCCGCUUUCAUCCUCCGUACGAGUCGCAUCUCAAGUUUGGCUUGGAUGCGUGGAAACACUCCGACGUUCCCGCCGAAGAAAGACCACGCCAUCCCAAGACGAACCGCCCGCUCAAGUCAGGCGGCGAUCUGCUGUUCGACUACUUCCAAGAGGAAGGCUCGAUGGCUGGCAUGUGCGAGGACUAUCAGCUUUGUCUGGGCAACGCACCGAGCCUGAACAACGAGGCCCUCACACGCUGGAUCGUCGAGCGACUCGAGCAAGUCUUCACUAGCAUCGUAUCGCUUUCGAGCCUGCCAGUCCAGCUGAUAGUGGUCUGGGGCGACGCCGACUUUCUGAUCCCUCGCAAAGGACGUGACUGGUUGGAUUCGGUGCUGAAGCGACACGAAAGAGACAGCAACGUCAAGUAUGAGCGGUGGGACAUGGCGGAAGCUGGACACGAUGCUACGCUCUUUUCCGAAGAUGUCAUGAACGAUGUGCUUGCGUUUCUCACCGGCGCUACAGACCAGCUCGGCUUCAGACCAUCAUCCAAUUGA